AGAAAUAGAACAAGCAUUACUACCUCCCCAGCUUCGGUUCUGUUUAGAAGAAACUAGUUUUUGAUUACAAGAUAAAAUGACUGAAAUAAAGCUGACGGAUGCUCAGCUAAAAGGUUCGUUUAGAGAAUUGGUAUAAUUUUACAUUUUAUGGAUAGCAUAUGUGUAAUCUUAUGUCAGAGUUACCAAAAUGCCAUUAAAAAUGGUAUCAAAUUUAUGAAAAUUUCUUUAACAAAUUUAAUAAUACAUAGUUUGAUUAUAGCUAAGUGUUUUUCAGAGAAAUUAGGAUAAGGUAGUUUGUAUUAACUUACACCAUUCAACAGGCUGUCAAGAAGCCUUCCUUCAACAUGAUAAAAGAGAUCAAAAGAAGAUUAAAACUGGAGACAUUAGUUCUGCUAUGAAAGAUCUUGGUCAUAGUAUAAAAUCUGAUUGGUUAGAAAAAUUCGAAGAUGAAAUUGAUACGGAAGGGACUGGUUUCAUCGAAUUUGAAGAAUUUUGUGAUAUUGUUAAAAGGAAGAUGCAAGAAGAAGAAGAUGAGAGAGAACUGAAAGAAAUAUUUAGAGUCUUAGAUAAAGAAAAAAAGGGAGAGGUGGAUGUCAAUGAACUACGUUGGAUUCUGAAAUCGCUUGGAGAUGAUUUAACAGAAGAAGAUAUUGACGAUAUGAUUGCUGAUGUUGAUACUGAUGGAUCCGGUUGGGUUGAUUACGAGGAAUUUGCUAAGCUCAUGUUGGGCGAUUGAUAAAACUUCUCAGAGCAAAUUCCUCAAAAAUAUGCGUGCUUGUUAUAUAUGUUUGCCUUAUGCUUCUCCGAAAAAAAAAGCAUGUUUGUUCACCGGUCUAAAAAAAAAUGAGCGGACUCAGUUACCAGUCAAAAAUAGUUUUAUUUCUUUAUUUUAAUUAUGAGUUGAAUAGAUCCAUAAAGAGACAACCUAAUAAAAUAUAAAACUAAAGGGAUUUUAGUGGAGAGAAGUUUCUUUGUUUCCUGAUAAUCUUUUUUUUUCUGAAUACUUUGUUUUCUAUUGAAACCACUCAACUUACCCCGAAUACAACUUCCAUAAAUAGACAAAUAUAUGGAAUGAUGACUUUCUUUAAUAAAAGAAUUUCAAAAAAAAAAAAAAAACACAAAAUGUUUAUAACGUGUCUUUCAUUAUUAAAAUUUAGACUAAAUGAUUAAAGGUUAAGAUGAGACGAUUAAAUUAGAAAAGACUAGGAAAAGGCUUUUACCAGAUUAUUAGUUGUAAGAUUUUAAGGAUGGUUAUUAACAAGAAUGUCAAGUUUUAUUACUUGUACUUUUGUUUUCAG